CCCUACAUAUAGUUAUGAGUAUAAAACUACAUCAAAAGUGCAAAUAAGUACAUUAACCAACUUAUUUCCUCAAAGAUGAAGAUUUUUGGACUGUUGAUUUAUGCACUGAUGUUCCGUCUAUCAAACUCGCAACCUGUCAGACUUGAGCAGUACAAUAUCGACAGGAACCACAUUUCGGUAUCAGGGAUGGCCGCUGGGGCUGCUAUGGCCGUCCAGUUACAUGUCGCCUUCUCUCAGACUUUCCGGGGUGUAGGGACAUUCGCCGGUGUGCCGUAUUUCUGCGCCAAGGGAAAUGAAUUGAACGCUAUCAACAUAUGUAUGGGGGCCCCGCAGAACAUCAGUGUGCCAGAGUUAAUCGCAGAGGUUAAUAACGCCUCUAGUAGUGGUCGUAUAGACAACCUGGUCGGAAUGUCGGAGGACGGAAUGUUUAUGUACCACGGUGGGGAGGAUACGGUUAUUCUCCCAGACGCUGUCGACAUGCUACAGGACUUUUAUAUCGAAUUUGGUGGAAGUUCCAGGGUCCAGAUUAUCACUGAUGGCGGACAUGGAAUGCCAACAGAUAACUAUGGUAACGCAUGUGGCUCGUCUAGCUCACCCUUUAUCAACAACUGUGGGCUCAAUGGAGCGUUCGAGUGUCUUGAUCAUAUCCACGAAGACAUACAAGCUCCCAGUGUAACACCAAGUGGGGUGUUCCAAGAGUUCCAACAAACUGAAUUUGUCGAUGGUGCGAUUAGUUUCGAGGAUGCAGGUUAUAUGUAUGUACCAUCUCGCUGCGUGAACAAAACAACAGCUUGUAAGCUGCACAUUGCACUCCAUGGUUGCUCCCAAGGAAGGGAGGCAAUUGGUGACGUAUACGCUAGAAAUGCUGGCUACAACGAGGUAGCAGAGUCCAAUAACAUCAUAGUUCUCUACCCACAAGUCAGAUCAAGUGUGUUGCUAGGCAACCCUAAUGGAUGCUGGGAUUGGUGGGGUUAUGAGGACAACGCGUUCAUAGCGCUGGAAUAUCGUACGUCUUAUUGCCAGCAUUUACACUUCUCUGGUGUGAAACCAGACAAAUCGCUUUAAUUUAGCUCAGCUAUUAUGUCACUUGGAGUAUUGUUUCGUGAGCAAUCAUUUAGGUAUUUUCAUUAAUUGUUAGUUUUAAAACAGAACGAUGUGAUGACCAUUAGAUUUUUUCAUUUUUCAAGGGGAACCUGUUCUUGUUACUCUCUUUAGCUGGAGCUAUCCUCAUAUUAUAUUAUGUCCCAUUAACAAAGAUCCAUAGCUAUGGACCACGCCCGGGACCACGUCUCUACACUCAGAAAGAGACUGGUCAGUUAUAUGUUCAGUUAUGAUUUUAUUUUUGCUUGGUUAAUUACAUUUUCAGAUGUGAGAGUUGGACCACAAAUG